AUGCAAUUUGCCGUGACGUUUUGCUUGGCGUUUACCUUCCUACACUCAUUCCUUGAGUGCCGAGUGACUUCCUUGCGCCAACCGAGGUACGUUUUCAAGCGUGGCCGAUUUCGAAACGCUUUAACGGGUUUCGAGCCACAGGCCGUAAGCCGUGCGAAGAAUUUGCCCAGCGAUUCUCAUGUGAAGCUGCAAUGGAUCACGCAGAAACUGGACCACUUCGACCCGACAAACAACGAGACUUGGCAGCAGGUAGGAAUCUUUGGACCUCGAGCAAUCCCUUCCUGGGUCUACGGCUACUCUCCAGCCAAGCAAGUUAAUAACUUGUAUUCACAGCGCUGCUGGACAAACGAAGAGUUCUAUGAACCUGGUGGACCACAGUUUCUGCUCAUUGGAGGGGAAUACGAAGCGACUCCAGAUCGAAUCGCCGGCGAGAAUGGAUUUAACUGGAUUCAGCAGGCCAAACGCUUCAGAGCCGCAUGUUUCUACCUGGAGCACCGCUACUACGGUGAAAGUCGUCCUAAGCCGUAA